AUGGCGGCCUCAAUCUCGCCGUCGGUCAUCAUGACCCAGAUCUCCCAUUAUCUCAAUUCCAAUGAGACCUCCGACGCUCUUUUCCAGCCCCAAACCGCCGUCACGGCCAUUGGCACCUACAAGUGGUUCAUUGGCACAGGCAUUUUCGUCCUGGUUACCGCCAUCCAGAUCAUCAAAUAUAUGCUCCGAGACCGUCCUCCACCAGGGCUCAAGCUGAUCCCGGGUCCGACGAGCACCAUCCCCUACAUUGGGCGUGUCCACGACGUGGAUCCGAACGCUCCCUGGUAUGCCAUGAAAAAGUUCUGUGAUGAAUACAAUGGGAUUUUCCGCUCGACGAUUUGUGGUGAGAUGCACAUCUGGAUUGGCGAUACCAACAUUGCCUAUGAUCUGCUGUGCAAGAAGGCGAGAAUCUACUCCUCGCGGCCGCAGGUGCCUGCUGUCCCGGGCAGCGACUCGCAGGGUCAAUAUCUUCCACUUCUGGCUCACGACGACCAUUGGCGCAACCAACGCAAGUUCGCCCACACGGUUCUGACCCAGGGCUUCAACUCAAAGUACUACGGUUAUGUCAGCCACGAGUGCAAGCGGUUCCUCUACAAGCUCCUGGUCGACCCUAAAGACCAUUUUGCUUUGACCGACCGAUUCUGCGGUCGUAUCAGUGCCCGCCUCGGCUAUGGCAGCCCAGCGUCUGCUGCUGCCCAUUGCAAGAAUGCCGGUGAAUUCAUCCCUCAGAUUUCUCCCUCGGGACCAAUCACCAACCUGUUGCCCUUCCUGGGUGGCCUGCCGGAGUGGCUUAACCCCUCCAUCCGUAAAGUCCGGGAACGACGUGAAAAGGAGGAGAAGCUCUGGAAGGGUCUGAUGAAGCAGGUUCGGGAGGAGAUGAACCAAGGAAUUGCUCCUAUCAGCUACGCCAGGACAUACUUUGACCGCAAGGAGGCCGAAAGUGGCUCGCGCUCUUUCGGUUUCGAUGACCAUGAGGCUGCCUACGCUGUUGGCAUGCUGGUCACCGUCGCCAUCUUCACCAUUGGUGGGCCCCUGUACUGCUUCUUCCUCGCCAUGGUUCUCCAUCCUGAAUGGCAGGCGAAGGUCCGCAAGGAAUAUGAUGAGGUCAUCGGAGACCGCGUCAUCGAGGUCGCUGAUGCUCCCAACCUGCCGAUUCUUCGUGCAGCGAUCAAGGAGUGCGUCAGAUGGCGCCCACCGGUCCCGCUAGGUGUGCCCCGUCUUCUCGAAGAGGAUGAUGAAUGGAACGGCUACUACCUUCCCAAGGGUGCCGUCAUCCACGCCGUCGAUCUUGCUCUUGCUCGCAAUCCCACACUCUACCCCGACGCAGAGACCUACAACCCUGGCCGAUGGCUCGAGAAGGAAUACCCAACAUACAAAGAGCCUCUGACAGAGCAUCCGAGACUCAUGGGUCACCACGGCUUUGGAAUGGGUCGCCGCAUGUGCCCAGGUAUUGAGGUUACCGAAGCCGAAUUACUCGUCGCUUGUGGCAGCGUGGUUGGCUGCUUCGAGCUCAACCCAGUUGUCGACGCCAACGGUCAACCCAAAUGGCCAGAUGCCAACGCCUUCACCCCCAAUCUGAUCGGAGGUCCCCUGCCAUUCCAAAUGGACGUCAAAGUCCGAAGCCCUGAGAAAGCCGCUCAUAUCAAGGCGUGGUACGAAGAGAGCGUUGCUGCCGAAGCCGCUGGCAAGAUUGCUCCGGGCUUGUAA